GAAGAAGAAGAAGAAGAAGAAGAAGAAGAAGAAGAAGAAUGGAAUGCUCUGUCAUCUUCUUCGCACCUUCUCCCUGAACCCCUGACCCCAAGACUCCUUCGGGCUGUUAAUAAGUAGUCCUGUUCCUUCUAUUUCCUGUUCUCAAACCCGAUGCUACCCCCCAACCUCCAGUCAGCCUGGUGGCAAGGCGGGCAGUGUGGCAGAUGCCUGGGUAUUUAUAACCUGGAAGCACUUCUUGGGGAAAGUGACUAAGAUGCUAAGAUCGUAUUUAUAGCUGAGUUCUGACGUAAGUGUCAGUGGGGAGGUAGGACCGGGCCAGGCGCAACAGCAAAGAGGGUGGGAAGAGCUAGAAGCCAUGGGCACCAGACAGAGGGGCUUGGGAAGGUAGCGUCAGUGUCUCCUGCAGCCACCUCUGGCGACUUCCCCUGAGCCUGUUUCCUGGCACAAGCCCUCCUAGACACCCCCAGGGAGGGGCACUUGCAGGCUCAUCGGUCAUUCUCCAAGGGGCCAACAAGCUGUCACUCCCCUGCAGCAACCAACAGAGAGAGACCCGAGAGCUCUAGGGAGCAGUAGCCAAAACUCUUGAAUAUGUUUCAGGGCCUGAGGAGAAAAACCAGUGGAUAUAAAUGUCUCCUAAUCCUUUCUCCCUCUUCUCCACUCCAUGGUGCCCUGAGUUUCUAGGAAGUCUGGCCUCAUGUCAAUGGUGGUAGGGAUGCACUCUGGCAGUAGCGAGGUAAAAGAGCAGAGGAGCUAGCCCUUGUCCACUGCCUGUGAGGGAGGCAAGAUCCUAAGGGAGUCCAUGAGGCAUAUCCACCAUCUUUCCACUCUCCAGCGGCUCUGUCCCUGUCCCCAGGAUUCUCUGGUCAGCCACUGUCCAGUGACAAGGCACUGCCCCAUGGUGGACACAGAAGGUCCCUUAAACUUCCAUUUUCCAACUACAUUACCAGAAGCCUGGCACCACUCCUGGGCUGCCUCAGAUUUGGCCAACUCCUACAGUACCCUAAAGGCAAGUGGUUACCCGGCGGCACAGGUGCUUCAAAGGCGCUCGCCCUUCUGCCAGCUCUGCCGGACUCUGCUCUGCUGUAAGAUUGCGUCACCACGAGCCCACCUGGCCGGGUUUCCCCAGACAUCACAGAAGAUGUCCUCAUCCCUGCUCUGGCCCUCCCCCAGGUGGACUCUGGGCAGCCAGCACAGGCAGGGUCAAAAGGUAAUUUCUAUGUCCCGUGGCACUGCCACCUAGGCCUGAUCAAGAGGACUCCAUUUUUUUUUUAAACCACCCUUUCUAAAACCUAACUCAGCUUGAACGCUAGAAUUAUUGUUCUGACAUGGAAACCCUGAGAACUAACCCACUGGAACAGCCUCAUAAAACGGUUUCCGUUUUCAAUCUCGGAAGUCGGUCAGGGCAUAUUGAGGAGCCACCGCCCAUCCCCACCUGGCUCCUAUGGACUCCCUCACCUGAAUCCUAGACCUUGGGAACUGACCGUGUGAAAUCAUCCUCUUUCUUGCAUCAUGCAUGUCCACGUUGCACCUCCAUACCCCUACCUCAAGCCACCACACCCAGAUGGUGAAACUCGAGCCCCGGGGGAGCCCUCCACCCCCUGCAGGGGCCUGAUGGGCAGCGCAGCUGGCCAAUCCUAAGGUUCAGAGGGUAGGUCUGCUGGUUGACCGCUAGGUGAGGGAUCCCAAGCAACUGGCUCUAAAGAGGCCCUGCCAGUAGACAGUCAUGAACUGUGAGGGUCACACAUAGCUACCCCACCAGACGUUCUACUCUCAGUCUUCCUGAGUCCUAGGCUAUUGAGGACAAGUAGCUUGGUCUGCCCUUUGUCAAGGGUAGCUGUGACACCGGUUUGCUGUUGCUGUUGCUGCUGCUGCUGUAACCUCUUUGGGAAAUCAGACUCAUAAAACUGCCACCCAUUCGAGGUUCUCAACUCAGAGCCAUCUACCUGGAGCAUGGAGCUUCCAAAAGCCCAGCUCUGGCUAAUACUGCUGUGGGCAUUGGUGUGGGUGCAGAGUACAAGAUCUGCGUGCCCAUCCUGUGGGGGCCCAACACUGGCACCCCAAGGAGAACGCGCUCUGGUCCUGGAGCUAGCCAAGCAGCAAAUUCUGGAGGGACUGCACCUAACCAGCCGUCCCAGAAUAACUCGGCCUCUGCCCCAGGCAGCACUGACCAGAGCCCUCCGGAGACUGCAGCCCAAGAGCAUGGUCCCUGGCAACCGAGAGAAAGUCAUCAGCUUUGCUACCAUCAUAGACAAAUCCACUUCAACCUACCGCUCCAUGCUCACCUUCCAGCUGUCCCCUCUUUGGUCCCACCACCUGUACCAUGCCCGCCUCUGGCUGCAUGUGCCUCCCUCUUUUCCGGGCACUCUGUACCUGAGGAUCUUCCGUUGCGGCACCACUAGGUGCCGAGGAUCCCGCACUUUCCUAGCUGAGCACCAAACCACUUCCUCUGGCUGGCACGCCCUGACUCUGCCCUCUAGCGGCUUGCGGAGUGAGGAAUCUGGCGUCGUGAAACUCCAGCUGGAAUUUAGACCCCUGGAUCUUAACAGCACCGCUGCGGGACUGCCACGGCUGCUCUUGGACACAGCGGGACAACAACGUCCCUUCUUGGAACUUAAAAUCCGAGCUAAUGAACCUGGAGCAGGUCGGGCCAGGAGGAGGACUCCCACCUGUGAGCCUGAGACCCCCUUAUGUUGUAGGCGAGACCACUAUGUAGACUUCCAGGAGCUGGGGUGGCGGGAUUGGAUCCUGCAGCCGGAGGGAUACCAGCUGAAUUACUGCAGUGGGCAGUGCCCGCCCCACCUGGCUGGCAGUCCUGGCAUUGCUGCCUCCUUCCAUUCUGCCGUCUUUAGCCUCCUCAAAGCCAACAACCCUUGGCCUGCGGGUUCUUCCUGCUGUGUCCCCACUGCGCGAAGGCCUCUCUCCCUCCUCUACCUUGACCAUAAUGGCAAUGUGGUCAAGACCGAUGUGCCAGACAUGGUAGUAGAGGCCUGUGGCUGCAGCUAGCAACAGGACCUGAAGGUUCUGGGUGAAGUUCAAGGUUCAAGUUGGGGGUUCCCACGUGUCUGGAAACUCGAGUUCCGGAUCAAUACUGACACCCUAAAAGCUGUGUAGCAGUAUGCCUGGGUUUGACCCCUAUGGAACUUAAAUGGGCGUUUUCUUGUCCCAGAUUCUGGCCUAUUUCAGGCUGUUUCAAAUGUGGACAGAUGGGUAAAGCGUUGCCUUUCAAGGGACUGCCUGGCCAGCACCAUUUUCUACAUCAAGCCCUGUUCCAGGACAGCAGGAAUGCCGUGGGAGGGAAGGAAGAACACAGGGGAAAAUUACUUAGUCUCUCCCGAGAAAGAAGUUCCUCAAGUAAUGAAGGAGGAAGUAGAGGGUGGGCAGAUUAGGAAAAGACAAACAUACAGGCUAAGAACAGGGGGUAUUGCCUGCUUUGACAAGGUCAAGAGGAAGAGGAGCAGGCGCCGAGGAGGGAGGGGUGUCAGGGGUCCCUGGAAUCGAGAAUCAGUAAAAAGGGAUGCUGAACAUGUUAAGUUCUUAGGCUUCCCCCUCGAGGACAGGACCCACGUGGGUGACAUACAUUUUAUAUUUUCUUAAUAAAAAGGAGAAAGAAAAGCACCA